AUGUCCGACCAAAAGAGAUGGCUGAUGUGAGUUGUAAUAGACCGAGCUUUAGCAUACAAGACUCGCCGAAGCCGACACUGACAAGUGGACCUGAACUCUGCAUUCAGGUUCGCAUUCGCCAUGGGCUGCUCGGGUCACCAAUCUCCAGGAUCUUUUGCUCAUCCAGCCGACAAGUCCAUCUUCCACAACAAACUCUCUUACUGGACCGACUUGGCCAAACUGCUGGAAGGAGGCAAGUUCGACGGUUUGUUUUUGGCUGAUGUAUGGGGAGGAUACGACGUGUACACCAAAUCCCUCGCUCCUUCUCUCGCUACCGGCUCCCAGAUCCCGUGAGCAUUGACAGGGCUUCAACAAGCACUGUUAUCAGACGCGUCGCAUUUACUCACUCUCUGCGCUCUCGCUCUCAUCGUCUUUGCCAUCGCAGUUUGAUCGACCCGCUCUUCACUGUGCCCGCCAUGGCCACAGCCACCAAGCACCUCACGUUCGGUCUGACGGCCACAACAUCGUACGAGCAUCCCUACUCUCUCGCUCGUCGCUUCAGCACUCUGGAUCACCUCACCAACGGAAGAGUCGGCUGGAACGUGGUCACAGGCUAUCUGGACUCUGCUGCUCGUCAAUUCGGCGCUAGGAACCAGGAACUGCACGCUAAGCGAUAUGAAGUCGCUCACGAGUACAUGGAUGUGAGUCGGGCAUAACCCCGCUAGAUGCACGCUUUUUGCGUUUCACUCACUGGCGCAAACUUGAUCGCAGGUCGUGUACAAGCUUUGGGAAUCUUCCUGGGCCGACGAUGCCGUCAAACAUGACAUCAGCAAACCCCUCUACGCGGACCCAGAAAGAGUCCGCGACAUCAAGCACAAGGGCCAGGUAAGUGCUCAAAUGCUCGGCAGAGAGGCAGCUCACCUUGUGCUUUCUCGUACUGAAAAUCCUCUAUCUUGUCGUCAAUUUGCUUGCUCGUUCAGUACUACGAGGUACCUGGCCCUCAUAUUUGCGAGCCAAGCUUGCAGCGCACUCCCGUCAUUUUCCAAGCUGUCAGUAGAGACCGGGCAAGCAUUGGUUCCGUGCGCGAGCCACUGAGCUCGCAUCAUCUCCCAUACGUCACUUUGUCAUCGUUCAGGGUUCUUCCGGCCCUGGUCUUGCCUUUGCAGGAAAGCACGCUGAAGUGAUCUUCAUAGCCGCUCACGCACCCCAAGUGGCCAAAUCUCGAGUUGAUGGAGCUCGCAAGGCCGCUGCGGAGGCGGGUCGUGACCCCAAGAAGCUUCGCGUGCUUGCCCUCUUGCUGCCCAUCGUGAGUUUACAAUGCCUUGCCAAUUUACGUGCUACCGCUGAAUAUGCAGCUUACGCUCCUGCGCUUCGCGCUCUUGCAGGUCGGCAAGACGGACGAGGAAGCCGAGGCAAAGCACCGAGACUUUUUGAACAAUGCAUCUGAAGAGGGCGCUUUGGCCUUGUUUGGAGGGUGGACGGGCAUAGAUCUUUCGAGCUACGCCCCUGACGAAGAGCUGCGCGAUCUGCCCGAGGGCAAUGCGAUCAAGUCUGCAGUGGAGGGAUUUGCUAGAGCGGACCCCACGGUUGGCAAAUGGACCAAGAGCGAAGUUGCUAAUCAGCUCAAGAUUGGAGGAUUGGGACCAUUCAUUGUGGGAAGCGCUAGCACUGUUGCGAACAAGCUCGAGGAGUGGGUCAACGAAGCUGGCGUGGACGGAUUCAAGUGAGUUCAUCUUCAAGCCAAGACUUGCGAUAAAUAGCUCCAUCAUGCUAAUUCUCUCCGGACCUUUCCCUUUGCGUUUGCUUCGACCAGCUUGGCCUAGUGAGUGCUUUAAAGCAAAUGCGAGACAAACGCAUUGACUGACGUCCAUCGCCCAUCCCUCCACUUUUCACAGCGCCAUCUCGCCAGGCACCUUCGUCGACACUGUUCAGCUGCUAGUGCCCGAGCUGCAGAAGCGAGGUCACAUGUGGUCAGACUAUCCCGAAGCGGGCGCAGCACCCUCGGAUUGGCCCAGCAACAAGAAGACGAAUUCGACGGCUGUCAAUCAGGCGCCCAAGGGCUUUGGAGAGGAUGAGCAGCCGGGCUUGACGGCUAGGGAGAAGCUGUACGGAGCGGGAAAUCGUCGUCUGCCAGACGAUCACUAUGGUCAUCGCUUCAGGUGAGCCUAAUGGCGCCCCUUGCCCCCCUCCCUCCUUCUUGCGCUGCAUGCACUCACAGGUGCGAACGACUCACACGCACUCUUUCCUCUUUGCUCACCGCAGAUGGGAGGCCGGAAAGCCUGCUCCAGCACUGGACUAA